GGUAACAACAGGAGAGGCGUCCACGAUUUUAUAAUCACAAUCCAUCUACACGCACGAAAUUGGGAACAAGAAUCCCAAUUGCAACCGCCGGCUCCCCAGCCUCUCACACCUCAUGGCGUAACUCCAUGCCUGUCUGUGUCGCUACCACUCCUGUUCCUGUUUGGAGCAUUACAAGAAAGGGGGAGAGGGGCAGAUAAUUGCUUUGAGGGUUUGGCUUUCGUCUCUCUCGUUACCACUCGGGCUUCAAUUCUCUCCAAUCCUUUCUCAGCUUCAUCUCCCCUCUCCCUCUUUCCUCUCAACCCCAUAAAACCCCGCGUUACGACAUCUUGCCUCCUCCAGAAUGGCGGAAAUUGCUUAUUGUUUUAGCUCGAAAGGUUAGGGUUUUAAGCAGGCAUCGAUGGGACUUAAGGAACCGGAGAGGUUGCUGCUGCUGCUGCUAUCCGCCAUUUAUUUUUCUUCCACAAAAGGAUAUUAGAAAUUAAGAGCGAAGAUUUUCUGGAUUCUGAAUUUGCUCUCACUCGUGUAUUCUACGGUGUGUGGGUCUAUCUAUACAACUUGUAAAUUUGUUCGUCUUUGCAAUUCAAUUUCUUGCUCGAGGAUUAGGGUUUUGUAGGUGCUAGGAUUUUCCUUUUAGUGUUUUUUAUUUUAGGUCAAAUUGUUCUGGUAGGCUGUGUGAAUUCAUAGUUCGUUUGAUUGAGAGAUGAGUCGGAGAGUGAGGAGGAAGGGGGCACAAUCAAAGGACAAAGAGAAGACAAUUUUGCAGAGUUAUUCCGAAAAUUUCGAUGGGCCUUCCAGCUUAUUAGAGAAGGUGGAGGUCGAUUGGACUAGCUUGCCUGAUGAUACCGUAGUUCAGUUGUUUUCUUGUCUGAAUUAUCGAGACCGCGCAAGUUUGUCUUCAACCUGUCGAACGUGGAGGGCUUUGGGCUCCUCUCCUUGUUUAUGGAAUUCAUUGGAUCUUCGUGCUCAUAAGUGUGAUGCUGCCACUGCGGCUUCCCUUGCUUCUCGCUGUGCUAAGCUUCAGAAACUCCGGUUCCGGGGGGCUGAGUCUGCCAAUGCAAUAAUGAAUCUCCAGGCAAAGGGUCUGCGGGAAAUUAGUGGUGAUUUCUGCCGUGAGAUUACUGAUGCAACUCUCUCAGUGAUGGCAGCAAGACACGAGGCACUUGAGAGCCUCCAGCUUGGUCCAGAUGCUUGUGAGAGGAUCAGUAGUGAUGCUAUCAAAGCAGUUGCUCUCUGUUGUCCUUUGUUGAAGAGGCUGCGGCUUUCGGGAAUUCGGGAUAUUGAUGCAGAUGCCAUUAAUGCAUUGGCAAGGCAUUGUGGCCAAUUGUCAGAGAUUGGUUUCAUGGACUGUACAAAUUUUGACGAGGCAGCAUUGGGGAAUGUAGUGUCUCUUCGUUUCCUUUCUGUUGCGGGGAUAAGAAAUAUGGAAUGGAGUUCAGCAUCACAAAUUUGGAAUAAACUGCCAAGCUUGACUGGUUUAGAUGUUUCAAGAACCGAUAUUAGUGCAAGUGCUGUUUCAAGAUUGUUGUCAUCAUCACAAAGCUUGAAGGUCAUGUGCGCUCUGAACUGUCCUCUUAUUGAAGAUGGUACCUAUACAGCAUAUAACCAUAAAGGUAAGUUGUUACUUGCCCUUUUCAAUGACAUUUUCAAAGGAGUGGCUUCAUUAUUUGGCGACAUUACAAACAAAGAGAGGACUGUAUUUUCGGAUUGGAGGAUUUCAAAGAAUGGGGAUAAAAGCUUGAAUGAGAUUAUGACUUGGCUUGAAUGGAUUCUAUCGCAUGCACUUCUACGUAUUGCGGAGGUCAAUCCACAGCUCUUGGAUAGUUUUUGGCUCAGACAAGGGGCUGCACUUUUGCUCAGUUUAAUCCAGAGUUCGCAAGAGGAUGUUCAAGAAAGAGCUGCUACUGGACUUGCUACUUUUGUGGUGAUUGAUGAUGAGAAUGCUACUGUUGAUUGUGGAAGAGCUGAAGCAGUCAUGCGAGAUGGUGGAAUACAUUUGCUUUUAGAUCUUGCAAGAUCUUGUCGGGAAGGUCUUCAGUCUGAAGCAGCAAAGGCUAUAGCAAACUUGUCUGUGAAUGCAAAAGUAGCAAAAACUGUAGCAGAAGAAGGAGGAAUCAAUAUACUUGCUGAUCUGGCAAGAUCUAUGAAUAGAUUAGUUGCUGAAGAGGCAGCUGGUGGACUUUGGAAUCUAUCUGUGGGAGAAGAGCACAAGGGUGCCAUCGCUGAAGCAGGAGGUGUAAAAGCUUUAGUGGAUCUCAUUUUUAAAUGGCCCUCUGGUGGGGAUGGAGUUCUUGAGCGUGCUGCUGGUGCCUUAGCAAAUUUAGCAGCUGAUGACAAAUGUAGCAUGGAAGUUGCACUGGCAGGUGGUGUUCAUGCCUUGGUGAUGCUUGCUCGAUCAUGCAAGUUUGAGGGAGUGCAAGAGCAGGCUGCUCGUGCAUUAGCUAAUUUGGCUGCACAUGGAGAUAGCAACAGUAAUAAUGCUGCAGUUGGACAAGAAGCAGGUGCACUUGAAGCACUGGUGCAGCUUACAUGCUCUCACCACGAAGGUGUCAGGCAAGAGGCUGCUGGUGCUUUGUGGAAUUUAUCAUUUGAUGACAGAAACCGAGAAGCAAUUGCUGCAGCUGGUGGUGUUGAGGCUUUGGUUUCUCUUGCACAAACUUGCUCAAAUGCUUCCCAAGGUCUACAAGAAAGGGCUGCUGGUGCUUUGUGGGGAUUGUCAGUAUCUGAAGCUAAUAGCAUUGCCAUUGGACGAGAAGGUGGGGUUGCACCUCUAAUAGCGCUGGCACGCUCAGAAGCUGAAGAUGUCCAUGAGACUGCAGCAGGGGCAUUAUGGAAUCUUGCUUUCAAUCCGGGAAAUGCUCUACGUAUAGUUGAGGAAGGGGGAGUUCCAGCCCUUGUUAAUCUUUGUUCAUCAUCAGUUUCAAAAAUGGCACGAUUCAUGGCGGCACUUGCAUUGGCUUACAUGUUUGAUGGAAGAAUGGAUGAAGUUGCCUUGAUUGGGUCAUCGUCUGAAGGUAGUUCGAAGAGUAUAAGCUUAGAUGGUGCUAGAAGGAUGGCAUUGAAGAAUAUUGAAACUUUUGUGCGUACAUUUUCUGAUCAACAAACCUUUUAUGCUGCGGCUGCUUCAUCUGCCCCUGCAUCCUUGGCCCAAGUUGCUGAAGCAGCACGUAUACAAGAAGCAGGACAUCUGAGAUGCAGUGGAGCUGAGAUUGGACGUUUUGUUGCCAUGCUUCGUAAUCCUUCUUCUAUCCUUAAGGCAUGUGCAUCUUUUGCUCUUCUCCAGUUUACCAUUCCAGGCGGCAGGCAUGCAAUGCACCAUGCAAGCCUCUUGCAGAAGGCAGGUGCAGCGCGGGUACUACGUGCUGCUGCUGCAGCAGCCACAGCCCCCAUUGAAGCCAAAAUCUUUGCGAGAAUUGUACUUCGAAAUCUUGAGCACCACCAUGUGGAGGCUUCCAUUUAAAGAUUGACUGGGUAGAUGGAAAAAUUUUCAACCUCACUCAUCGAUGUAGGUCAAGCUCGAUCGUGUAUUGUCGUAGCCUUCUGCUCUUGGUGACCUUAGUGCUGCAGAAUAUGUUCUGCCCCAUGUAAAACUAAAACAGUCAAGAACUGAAGCAUGGUGUCAUCUCAGUUGGAUUUCUCUCUGGACAACAGUUUGUGCUCAAUGGAACAUGUCUCUUUAGAAACGGUAAAGAAGGGUGGUGGUUAGGUCUUUUCUUUCUUUUUCUUUUUUUUUCUUUUUAAAUUCUGAGCUAUUUUUGGUGGUUUGGUUUGGUGUGGAUGUGAUUUACUUUCUUUUUCUUUGCAUGUACCCAAGUACCGGGUGGCGUUACUUUUUUUUUGCAUUUCUGUAUUCAUUGUGACAAUGUGGUCUAACAUAAUUAUAAGAUAGAAAGCUAUUUGAGACUUGAGA